AUGCCCGAAAUCGCCGCCCGUUACUCCCCCCGCGCUGUCCGAGCAAGCCUGGGAGGAGCCGCAAACACGCGCUUUCCUCGCCACGGAGAAAGCGCUCCAAACACGCGCUUUCCUCGGCGCCGAGAAAGCGCUCCCGUCGGGGAGAAGGAGGCGAAGGAGAGUGUGGGGAGGACCGUGGCCGCUCCCCCAAACCUGGGCCUUUCGGCCAACAAAGGUAAGCCGCUGCAAGGGGCCGCCUCCACUUGUGGACGAAGACGCUCUCUCCCUUGCUGCUCGAUCCGUUCGUCGAGCAGCCGCUUCAGGAAAGAGGGUGAGAGGAGGGAAAACGGGCGCUUUGUCGACUUUACAGUCUGGUUACAGAUUACAUUUAUGUGGAGUUCUACUUUCGCCUUGAAGCCAGCUCAGUUGCCUAUUUUCCAAAGGAAGCCUUUUAUAGCAGCCUGGAAUGCACCAACAGAUCAUUGCUCAAUCAGAUAUAAUGUCAAACUUAACCUGAAAAUGUUCCAUGUGAUUGGAAGCCCGUUUGCCAAAGCAAGAGGACAGAAUGUGACAAUAUUUUAUUUCAAUAGGUUAGGAUAUUACCCAUGGUAUACUUCACAGGAAACUCCCAUUAAUGGUGGCCUACCUCAGAAUUUCAGCUUGCAAACACAUCUGGAGAAAGCUUUCCAGGACAUUAACUACUACAUUCCUGAUAAAGAUUUCACUGGAUUGGCAGUCAUUGACUGGGAACAUUGGAGGCCACAAUGGGAUCGCAACUGGAAUAGAAAAAAUAUUUACAGGAGGAAGUCAAGAAAGCUAAUUUCCAAAAUGCAAGGGAAUGUUUCAUCAAAUGCCAUUGAACGUUUAGCUAAACUAUCCUUUGAACAAUGUGCUAAGGCCUUCAUGAAGGAGACAAUUGAACUGGGGAUUAAAAGUAGGCCCAAAGGCCUGUGGGGAUACUACUUAUAUCCAGACUGCCACAAUUAUAAUUUCCAUGACCAGAACUACACUGGCUCUUGUCCAGAAAGUGAAGUCUUGAGGAAUAAUGAGCUGUCGUGGCUGUGGAAUAGCAGUGCAGCUCUGUAUCCUUCCAUUGGCAUUAAGAAAUCCCGUGGAAACCAUGAAAAUGUACUACGCUUUUCGCAGUUUAGGGUGAAUGAAUCCAUGAGGAUUUCUUUGAUGACAUCGCAUGAGUAUGCUCUCCCAGUAUUUGUAUAUACCCGACUAGACUAUAGAGACGAGCCUUUGUUAUUUCUUUCUAAGCAAGAUCUUGUUAGCACUAUUGGAGAAAGUGCUGCCCUGGGAGCCGCAGGAAUUGUUAUUUGGGGAGACAUGAAUUUAACUUCAUCUGAGGUCAACUGCACAAAAGUGAAGCAAUUCAUUUCUUCUGAGUUAGGUUUCUACAUCACCAAUGUAACCAAAGCAGCAGAGGUGUGCAGCUGGCAUCUUUGCCAAAACAAAGGGCGGUGCAUAAGAAGAAACUGGAAAUCCUUGGACUACCUUCAUUUAAAUCCUCACAACUUUCAAAUAGAAGCCUCAGAAGACCAGGGAUUUACUGUGAGAGGGGAUGCGUCACUGAUUGACCUUCAACAAAUGGCAGAGAAAUUCACCUGUCAUUGUUAUCAAGGGUUUGGAGGAGCUGAUUGCAGGGAAGUUAAGAUCACAGGUAGGCAGCCAGGACACUCUGCCAAUUUAGCUUCAUCCAGAAUAGUAGUUAUGAUAAACUUGGCUUCCUUAAUCUUUUUAAAUCCUGCGACUUCAGUUUUAACAAUCAAAGCAUGCUGA